GUUAACGAGACGAAAGAUGCGUGGCGACCCCCAAGUCGCUUCAUGUCGUCCACCGAUGACCUCCAACCGACACUGGAUCCCACCAUAGCCCUUGCGGAGUUAAUUCCUUAGAGACCAAUCCAUUGAAUGAAUCCAAAUUUGUUUUGAGAUACACUUCAUGCUUCUUUAGGCCAUAAACAUCGCCGUCUUUUCGUGUGCGACAGAACCAAACAUCACGCCGUCUUUUCUAUUGCGAGUGAACCUCCGUCCGUCCGUCACCCGUCGGUAAUUUCUGCAGGUGGCUGUAAUCUGCUCUUAAAACAUCUUCUCGAGAUAAAAUUAUAUUGCCCCAUCAUCACAACCCCCAAAUCGUGGCGUGAAUGUCAAACCAAUACUGUAGUUCGUCAACCAGCGGCAGUCCAUCCCCCUCCUCCGACACACCUUCCAACAAUACAUCUCCUCCCAACAUCUCCAUACCCCUCUGGCCAUCCAAAGCAUCGGAUGGAACAGAUUCGCAAAGCACCCAUUCACGAGAAACCAAAAACAGAAUGCCAAUAGAUUCACCUCGCGGAGCUUUGCCAGAGAGAGGGGGAUGCUGGACAUGUCGCCUGCGAAGAAAGAAAUGCGACGAACAACGAGAAGGCAACUCCUGUUAUACCUGUAAGCGCUUGAGAAUAGAUUGUCUCGGGUGGGGAUCAAGACGCCCUGAAUGGAUGCGCGACAAGAAAGCCGUAGAAGAUUACAAAGCUGGCAUCAAAGCGCAGCUAACACGGGCUGGCCUCAUUCGCGGUCAGCCAAAAUCCUCGAUACUGCAAGCCAGUUCAGCGGGUCCAUCAUCUAUGCCAGCUUCUUCAUCAUCUGUUUUCCCUUCGCGGCAGUUUCGAGGAUCAACAAGUUCUUCAGGGUCUUCUCGAGUCAAUGACUUGGGAAUACCAGCGUAUGCUGAUCCGUUGGGCGACCAAACUGGGAUGUCCGUCUUUAGUAGAAAUCAACCCAUGGCAAUUGACACCACAUCCCCAGGUUCAACACUAAACUCACCUCAGAUCAUUUCUGUCCCUCUGUACACGAGGGAUGGGAGCUUUCAGCGUUCGAGCCACAAUUCCCCCUUCAGCCAUUCCGGCUCUCUUCCCUCAGAUACAUCGCCCCUGGCGGAAAUGCACUUCGACAACGCCACUCAAAAUCUGUAUACUCCUCCGAUGUCAGACGAUGGCUUGCAAAUGGAGCACAUAUAUUACUUCGAGCAUGUUCGGCAGUUGCAGUAUGCAUUUGCUGGCAAUUCUGUAGCAAAUACAACAUAUUCAAUUGUAUUACAACACCCACAGGGCCCGGUCGCAAAUGCUAUUUCCGCGUUAGCAUCAUUGCACUUCAGUUUGAUUCGCAUCGCCCACGGUUUUGAAGCGCCAAACCCCACCCUGGAACAUUCACCGGCAAUCCGAUUUUAUGAUAGUGCCCACCAACAGAUUUAUAGAAGCAAGCAGACAACGCUAAGCGAGUCCGAUGCGAAUGCAGCCAUCCACAUGUUGAGCUUCUCGCUCAUGUCAGGUGGAGUGACUGAUUGGCGCCCGAUGUUGGAUAUUGCGAGCGAAUGGCUUGUGAGGACGGGGAUAACAACGAGCGACAACCCCAAGUUGAUGAUGAUAAACAUGAACGAGGCAUCGCGACUGGCACUGAAAGCCACAAUGUGGUGCGAUAUCAUGUCAACCCUAACUCUGAAAACAACGUCAAAGCAUCUAUCCUUCUACCGGCGACUGUUCCAUAGAGGAUCAGGUUACUGGGGUUUAACGCAGCAGGGCAUCAGUGACGAGCCAGCCCUUCGUGUGGAUAGCCUAACUGGUUGUCCAGACGAAGUACUUCUUGGUAUCGUGGAGAUAGCAACACUAUUAUGCUGGAAGAUGCAAGAACUUCGUAAUGGUUCUUUGAGCAUGAGAGAGCUCAUUCGGCGAGGGGAUGUUAUCGAGCGACACCUUCGUACCCAAACUGAGCCAGUGCUAUCGGCAGAAGCGGAUCAGACGCCAUUACAUCCUGAAUUAUCAUCAAUGGCUAUAGAGAAUGGCAAUGUACAAAAUUCACCUGCUGGACACGCGGGCACACCCCUUCCUGCGGAUGACACUCGGAGGAUAGUGGCUGAUAUCUUCCGAGAAGCAACUAUCCUCUACCUACACACAGUGCUCAGUGAGCCUAAUCCAGGAGUGCCCGAAAUCCUGAAUUCGAUAGAUAUCAUUGUACAAUUAUUGAACCGGCUUCCCGUGUCAAAUAUCGACCGCUGCCUAGUGUUCCCCAUAUAUCUGGCGGGAUGCCUCGUGGACGAUCCCAUGAAGCGCGAGUUUUUGAAAACACGGUUGCAAGGUCAACACAAUGACUUUGGUAACAUCAAUCAGACUCUGCGAGUCAUGCAAACUGCAUGGCAAAAACGGGAUAGUCAAGGAGGAACAGUCGAAUGGCAAGACCUCCUCCAUAUCCAAGGGCGCUGUUCGGUCCUGCUAGUUUAA